UAUUUAAAUACGUGCGGGCGCAUCGGGUAUCAGUACUCUGGUGAACUGUUUGCUAUAACUGCAGGGUAUUUGUCUGUUUGCUAGGUCGUCUCCGGAGAUCGCAUUCCGCUAUAAAUACCAGCUGAAGUCUGCAAGAGGCGGAAAAGCUACGUCCAGCUUCAGACCAGUUUCAUUUUCAGAGAGGCUACAACAGAGCUCAUGGCGGUACUGUGGAAGUGCCAUUGCCUGGUGUUGGCCUUGUGUGCCUCCUUGAUGGGGGUCGGGGCAGACUGUGACCAGGACUGUGCUUACUGCGCCCACCAAUUGUCCGGUCAUUUGACAGAGUUUAACCCGCUGGGUUGUACAUUAGAGUGUGAAGGUAAACUGCCAUCAGGAAAUGCGUGGGAAAUGUGUAAGGAGCUGAAGGACGCUCACGAUGACAGUCAAAGUUCUCCUAAGAGUGACAAAGAGGAGGAAGAACAACACCUACUUUUGAGUAAAAAAUAUGGCGGCUUCAUAAAGCGUUAUGGAGGUUUCAUGAAAAAAGCGGACAGCAAUGAUGCAUACAUUUCCGAAGUUGAUGAUGAAAAUAAAGGAAGAGAGAUACUGAGUAAGCGCUAUGGAGGGUUUAUGAAGAAGGACAUUGAGAGCCCUUCAUCAGUAGAAUCUACUGACAUUCUGCGAGAGCUGCUCAACUUGAGGGAACUUAAUGAACAGAAGCAUUACCUAGAUAACAUCAACUCUGACAACCAUAGCAAAAUCACAAAGCGGUAUGGAGGAUUUAUGAAUGGAUUUAAGAGAAUCUCUGAAUUAGAAGAUUUACCAGAAUUACAAAAAAGAUACGGAGGCUUCAUGAGAAGAUUUGGAAAACCAGAUUACCAAAAAAGAUAUGGUGGAUUUAUGAAACGUUGGAACGAUGCUAUCAUUCCUUCUGAUGAAGAUGGUGAAAUUUAUUCCAAAGAAGUUCCUGAAUUUGAUAAGAGAUAUGGUGGAUUUAUGAGAAUUUAGACAUUCAAUCAGAAAGACUGCCUCUGUUCUUGUAUUUAAGUGUGCUGUGUUGCUUAGAAUGUAUAGGUGUUUUUUACUGUUUAACAAGAACAGGCUACAUGCAACCUACAUCUGACAUGCAGAUAUACAUUGCCUUUUGUUGAGAUGAGAGUAUCAAAAUGUACGCCUUCUUUGUGCACUUUCUUCAUGUUCUCUAAUUUUCAUUAAGUUAACAAAGAAUGAUCUCAUCUGCUUAGUUGUACAUAUUCAAAUAAAUCUAACCGCAAAAUGA